AUGUUCAAAAGGCCAGCUUUAAGUGAAGGUGAUGAUCGCGAGGGAGGCGAUCCCAUUAGAGAUAGUAGAGAACCUGCUCCUAGCUCGAACCCUUCUGUAGUGUCGAAGAAGCCUAAACCUCAAGUGGAUCAUUCGCAAGCUCAGGAUGAGGAAAUACCAUUACCUCAAACUGCAAUAGGAAACACACACUCUCAUCAGAAUGAUAGUAGUAUUGAUCCUGGCGACUUUAUUCUAGAGCAUGAUACCCAUUUUGAAAAACUUUGUGUUAGGUUUUCAGGGUAUUUCGAUAUAAAUCGUUUGGAUAAAGAAAGAAGGAGAGUCGAUGGUAGCCGUGCAUUAGAGAUUUCAAAGAAGGUUUUAUCUAAUCUUGGCGCUGAGGCGCUUCUCUCGGUAUCACAAGUGUGCAAAAAGUGGUUCAAACUCAUCAAUAAUACCAAGCUAUGGACGGACUUGCUAAAGAAGGACAAACUAAUUACUGAUGAUGCUGUUAUCCGGUAUGAAUUAAAUGAACCCAACGAGUUGAUUGACGAAUGGUGUACUCUACCUGGUGAGAUUAAUCCCGCCCAAGUUUUGUACAAG